AUGCUAGUUAGAUGGUUAAAACAACUCAUAUUCUUUUACGAUCCAUCUUUUACCACCUCAUACAGCGAGAGUUGCUUUUAUCACAAGGUUGGCAUUGCUGAGGUUAAUUCUCAACACAGUGUCAACAGCCUUAACAACAAUAAAUUGAGCACUCUAACGAUAAAGAUGCUUUCUUUGAAACCGAAAGUGUUACUCGUUCAUAAAAUCACUGAACUAGACAUGAUUUAUCGUUUGGUAUACAGUUUCAAAUAACUAAAACAAAGAAGAUUUCAAUUUUUCUCUGUUUUGGGCCAAUAUAAACAGAGGGCAUGGGGUAUCCAGUCUAUGACUUGGCGAAUUCUUGCGGAAAUCAAUUAAGCGGUCAACAAUACUUAAGGCAAAUUUAAUAGAAUGCCAUACAUUCAUCUCUUUAUUCAGACACCAAUUGUGUAUGCAGAUUUUAAGCAGGUUGAUAAUUUUGGACAUCGUGCGUUGCUUGACCUCAGCUGUUCAACGCGUAAGGCAUUUUUACAUAAUAAUUGAUAGCCAACUGUGGAUGUUUACAAAUCACUUUUGGAAAAGGAAGGAGUUGGAAUCUUCUAUUUGUCUGCUGUUUUUGUCAUCGUUUGUUUUGUAGGUUUUGCUAAGUAACUUGUCCCAUUUGAAGCGAUUCGACUGUGACGCUUCAAGUACCCACGUGACGUCAUCAGCAGAACACUAGCACUGGGUCGAGUUCUUUACUAUAUCAAUCGUCUUCAAAAUGGAUGCCUAGCGGCGUUUUCCAAAGAUGUAACGUAAUGGAGCUACAUUUUAUGGUUGCUUCUUCGUCUAAAGCGAAUGAUACAUACAACACGAUUUACCUCAAAGCGUCUGCCUUGCUCACCUGUGGGCUAGAUGGCUGAGGCCUCAAGCGGCGGGGACAAAUCUCAGGUUUGACAGUCAUAUAAUUCUGUGCAUAUUUUCUCGUCCCCCAGUCGCAAUGUUUAUCUCAUCAUCAAGGCUAAAAUGUACUAAGCUGUCUCCAUGUCUCUGCGAAUGUCCUUUCAAUAUCUAUUGGGCUUUUGACCCUGUCCAUUCUGCAGAAGAUAUAUCAAGAUUUAUUCGCUAUCAGCGGGAAUGUUGUCGUCUAAAUGAACCACUCCAAAAAUUUCAUGCUAAACUUGAAGUCUUAAAAACGUGAAUAACUGAUUUACUACAGGGAAUUACGUACAUGAUAUUGGUAGAACGUUUGCAGAUCGCUUAAUCAGUGCAAGGACAAUUUCUUUGUCAAUGCACAGAGUGAGUCUUGUUGUAAAUGUUUAGUGGUUAGUUCGAGUGCUUUGUAAAGUAGGCGGUCUUGAUUUUGCGUUUAAUUUAUUUACGUUUGAUCGUUCCAGACGGUGGUACCAACAGACGAAGCCCGCUCGGUUUCUGUAGAGAAAGCACGAUUAGCGGGAGAUGCUUGCUCAAGAGGAGAGUUUCAGCUGGCAGUUGAGCUUUAUACAGAAGCGAUCAAUCUAGACCCACAGAAUCAUGUUCUUUUUGGCAAUCGAUCUGCUGCAUUCAUCCGAACGCGACAAUUCGAACGAGCCUUGGAAGACGGAAAGUACGCGGCACAGUUUCACCCGGGAUGGUCCAAGGUAGGAAUCAUACAUUAAAUUAAUAAAAUACGAAACUGGGAUAUGCAUCUACUGUGACGAUCAUGUAAAGUUCAAACCACAAAGAAACCUUUUAACGGAAAAAAUGCACGUCCCAAUUCGUUCUGUCUUCAGUCCACAAAUUGGCAUAGUUCGAAUGUUUGCUAGCUUUUAUCGUUGAUGGGAUUGUGGUCUUUUUAAUAGCUAUGAACAAACAAUGUUGAAAUGGUAAAGAAUUUUCUGUUUUUAGUGAAUAACUAAACAAAAUACUAUCACUUUACGUAUGGUUUCUAGUCCCAUUUCGUCUCGUUAAGGAUCAGUCUCUGUGUGGGUGCUGUAUGGACAAUAUUUUGUCCCGCUCCUCGAAUGCUGUUAAGUGUAGCUCCGUUCAGUGUUGAUACGUACAACCUUACGUGUUUAGUUAUGUUUGGUGGUAUUUCAAAACAGCAGGUCCCUUCGUGUUUUGUUUCAAAAUAAGCAGUGUAUCAUGUGAAUUCUCAAGUAUUCCAAAACAUACUUCUUUCAUCCCUACACCGUUCGUGAUAUAUAAUCUUUGGGUAGGACGUAGGUAGAUGUAAACAGAAACUGUAACACCCGACGCGCGCUUUGCUGUCUUCUCUUCGCUAACUUCCUUGUCUACUAAUUAAACGGUGUUUUCGAAAUCAAAUAAACCAAAUUAUCUAACAAAGAUUCGAGACUAUUAACAUUCUUUUUUUGUGCUAAUCAGAUUUCGGGAUGCCUUCGUGAUGUUUUAAAAUUUGAUCUCGUUUAUUAAUUUGUCAGAAGUAAACAUUUCUUUCCAUUGAUGUACGUAACGUAGAAUUGUUUAUACUUAAAAUUGUUCUCUAUUAGUCCGCCCCAUGUGGUAGUUGAUUAAAAAGAAGUGAUGGAAAUUUGCUGGAGCUAGAGUUUUACCGCGGUGACCUCGGUUCUUCAGGUUACCGAAUUCAUGCAAGACUGGCAUCAAAUCCUUUCCGGUUUGAUUGUUUAUAAAACCAGAACCUUGUUGUAUUUGUGAAAACCUUGUCGAGAGUUUGAUCAGUUGUCUUUAAAAUCAGUGUUAAAUUUUGACAAACUUCUUAGGCACUAUUCUACUUAACAAUGGGGGACUUCAACUUCAGGCGGAAAUUAAUGAGUGCAAAUUUAAUUGAAAUAGACAUCUCUAAAAUUGCAAACAUGCAUGUUCUUUUCAUGUACAAAAAUAACAUGAAUUGAAAUUCUCAAGUCUUUUUACAGUUUUUAACCUUAAAAAAACUACAUUGUAGCUACAAUAUCGUUAAUUUUUUAAUGUGAAAUACUAAGUGUGGAUGAAACUUGUUUACAAGGUUGUCAAUUGCCUAAUAUUGCUUUAUUUCCAAUUCUUUGCAUAGAUUAUUUUGAUAUUGUGGUUUUGGAGUAUUUUUGUAGUGUUUUGAGUGUACUUCUGCAUGCUUUACACAAGUAUUUUAGUGUCAGAUUUCUUAAAUGCGGUGAUUUGGAUGAUAGACAAGAUGCUGCCAAUUGGAGAGAACGGUGUGAAAUGGAGAAUCUUCACUGUACAGUUGUACAAUACAGCUCUUGCUGUCACGUAUUUUAAAAAAUUUAAAUUUUCUUAAAACAUAUUUUUAUAAAAAGAACAAUGGGACAGUGCUGCAGGUCUACAAAUGCUGCCAAAGAGUGGGUUUUUUCCGUGGUCAUAAAAUUAUAGUAUAUCAUAGAAUUUUAUUCUGAAAGUCAAGUAAUGAAAUUUGUCUGUCUCUGUAAGCUGACUUUGGAUGCAAAUUUAAGGACAUGAGCAACUGGAGUGUUCAUGUUGUAAAUCAAGUCUUUGCAAAUUUCUUUUUCAAGAAAAGAGUUUAUUGCAAGGGCAGUUACAAUGUGCAUUGUAAUUGGCUAAUCUGGAAAUGAUGCUCUCUUCAAAAUAUGUAUUUCUUGUGUACUGUGGCACAGUUAUCGUUACUUGCUGUUUUGAUCAAUGGUGGUUGUUAUUGAAUUGCUUCCCAUGAUGUGUCCUUUUGGUGCAAUAUAACGUUAUCAUGUUACACACAGUCAACACUCUUCGUUAUUUUUGGCUUGCAUCUUCAUAGCAUCAUUUCUGUCAAAUGGUUAUUUGUCUCCUGCAAGGUCACCUUCAUAUAGCACGUUAAUCCCCUGAAUCUGCUGAUCACUUCCCAAAAAUAUUAUUUGACCUCCUUCUGUAGCUCUGAAGAAUGCUUCAAGUUAAAAAAAUUAUCAUUCUACUCUGAAUAACAAAAUUUGUGGAAUAACAAACAGUGACGAUAAUAUCAUACUGUGUUUUUGUCAUCCUGUUUGUUAGCAGUAGGUGUUAAAUGGAGUGACUAGAAGUGAUAAAAAAAAUGUUCUCCCGCAUUUGACAGCAACAGAACAACAAUACUCAACCACAGUUUAUAUUUCUCAUCCCUACUAACUGUCAAUUUAGUACACAUGUAACUAAGGGAGUUUGUAUCUGUUGGAUUUUCUUUGUUACAGUAGAUUCUUUUUUUUUUUUUUUAUAAUACACUGCACCAAACACAAGUGUUGCACAGGUGCAUGUUGUAUGCAGUGCCCAGAUUUUUAUCUCCCCCAUCCCCCCAAAAUGUUACUGCCUAAUAAUUUAUUUAUAGAUUUUUAAAUAGUGCAUUUUCACUCUGUGUCCAGUAGCUGUUGGAACAAAAGAAAGUUUUUGUAUAAGAAAAAGGUUCAACUACAACCAGACUGGUUUGGGACACCAACAUGGUCACCAUUUCAUCACCAGUAUGGCUGACAUUAUGUCAUAUGUAAAUGCUGUGUUGGUUGAAUACUGAUAGCUUAAAUCCAAAAAGAAAUAAUAGCUAUAGCAGAUAUACCAGUGCCAAGUUCCUAUUAAUGUGAUUUAUGGUAUUUUCAUUAUUUUGACUACUCCUUAAUGUUGUAGAUAAUGAUAAUAAUUAUUUGAAUGUUACUCAUUUAUUAGGAUAUUUUCAGAAGGUAACUUGAUACAUAAUUUGUUGUUUAUACCUCCAAUUGUUAUUUUAGUCUAUUCUUCAAAUGACAAAAUCCUUGUACUUGAAAUUUACAUGUAACUAGCAAAAACUUUCAGUGUUUCUUUCUGUGUGUUAUUGUAUUUCUUUUCUUUCUUUUUUUAAUAUGUAAUUUAAUAUCACCUUUGUUUAAAGUUUUGCUCCUGCCUAGAUUAGCAUAAUAGGUAUUUCCAGGGCAAUACAGUAUUGUGAACUUUAUUGUUCUGUGAAUAAUUAAUGUUAAUUGUUGUUGUUGUUGUCACGUGUGAGUUCUGCUGUUGUUGCCUAAUGGACUCUUAUGGAUGUGUGUGGUCUUUGUUAUAAUAUUCACUUGUACAAUAUAAUUGACAUGAAGUGGAAUUUCCUUUAAUGUCUCUCAUGAAAGUGAUCACAAAAUUAACAAGAUGUUCACAAUCUGUAAAUAUUAGUGUUAUAUUAAUUUUUAUUAACUGAUAAAUUACACUCCAGUGCAUUUGAUUGUUAAUUAACGUGGAAUAAUAGGAUAUGAGGUGAUAAUGCAGGUUAUUCUCAUAUAAGCAAACUGUAAGUAAUCCAUCUCUAGAAUUUGAUGAAAAACAAUCAAGUUUGCAUGACAGAGGGACUCUUUAUCUAAUCUGGCCUUCACCCUGGCCCUAUACAGAAUGAAGAUGUGCCGCCAAGUUUUUCUGAAACCACAGACCCUUUAUCACUUUUAGGUUAUUUUUUUUAUCUCACUGUGCUCAUACUAAACCAGGCCUCUUGACAAAGAGUGUUUUAAUCAGUGUAUGGCAUCUUCUCCAAAAUGUUCUGGCUCGUUCUGUUUUAUGUGGGAAAUCAACUGAUGAUCACAUACUGAAUGAGGCAAUGUUAUGUGCAACAGCAACGCUCAUCUUGUCAUUAUACAAACAUUUUUAGCUCAAAUCAUUUAUUUAAUGGGUAUUUAGAAAGGGCUGUUCAAAAUAGAAAGAGGUGAAGUGAAUGAAGAGAAAUCAUAAAAAGUCAUUCAAAAGAGGAACAAAAUAGAAGGUUAUUAAAAUUAUAUCCACUUAACACUCUUGAAGACCACUGUUUCAAUACUAAAAAAGUUCACGCAUAUUGCUACUCAGUGAUGUCAAGAUGUAUCAGAUUGAUGAUAGAAUAUAACCCUGUUUUGAACGUUAAGUUGUGCAUUAUAGUAUGUGCCUUGUGAGUACAUGUAGGUUCAUAUGCACAUAACAAUAUAGGCUAAAUUACUUUCCAAAACAAAAAUAACAAAUUUAAUUAUCAAUUAUUUCAUGUCUCUGUGCAAUGUAUGUGCAGUUGCAUGAUAUAAUACAAAAAGAAUUUCCUAGUCUAAAGCCUGCUGCAACAUACAACUUAGACAUAAAACUAAAGCACUUUGAAAACUAAUUGGGUGAAUAAAACUUGGUUAGUUAGUAUCAGAAAUACUGUAAUCUAUUCCCAUAGUAGUAGUAGUUCUACACAACUUAUGUCCAGUGACAUGAUAUAGAAAGAAUUUCCUAUUAAUGAACCCUGCUGUAACAUACAACUCCGACAUAAAACCAACCCAUUUUGAAAAUUUAAAGGGUGCCAUAAACUUGGAUAGGUAGUAUCAGAAAAAAAUUCAGUCCCUUAGUAGUAGUAGUUCUGCACACUAUUGACAUGUCUACUCAAUGUACCUUAUUGCAUAAAAUUUGGUGACACAUUAAUUUAGUGAUUUUGAAAAAUCCUAAGUAAGCAGCACUUAAGUUAGUGAGUUUUUGUAAAUUUUGGAACGUAAGUCACUUAAUUUUGCGAUUUCACCAACUGAAACUUUGGCGAAUUAUUAAAACUUUAUGAUGACAAAAGAACAUUUACAUGUAUGUGAUAAAAUCAUAGAAGUCAACAGAUCUUCAUUUAAUCAAAAAUCACAAAACGUUCUGAAACUUAACUUUGAACAAAACAAACGGAAUUGCAACUGUAAUGUCAUAUCUUAUUGCUGUCCUUACUCAUAUUUAUUUUAAGGUGCAUUCUCACAGAAAGUCAAUGAUACACGUCAUAAUCGACCAUCAAAUACAAUGUGGUAUAGGUGUGUGAAGCAGACCAGAUGGCAGAAUUUCAUAUUCUACUCACUUUAAUUUAGCAAUGAUUUAGAUUUAGUGGCACUUAAUUUUGUUGCAUUUUAAUUUAGCGAUUUGACAAAAAAUUGCUAAAUUCACCAAAAUUUCAUGUAAUAAGGUAUGGGCAGUUAUAUGAAAUAAAAAGAAUUGCCUAGUCUAAAGUGUGCUGUAACCUACAACUUGGUUGUAAAGCUAACCCUUUUUGAGAACUAAAAAGGUGCAUAGGAAAUACAGUCUUGUGUUCUACCCUUGCAAUAUAAUUUAUGACUUUACUUAGAUGAGAAAUCAGUAAAACAUUAAAAUCUAACGGUAUAGUUUUUACUCCAUAGUUUGAUAUGUUUGCAGAAUCCUGCUUAAUUGCUAAAUUUAUCUUUAGGCCCUUUUUUACAACCAUCAUCAACAUACUCCACUCACAACACACACACAAAUCGAACCCAGUCCCCAUAUCAGUAAUAUUGUGUUGUGACCGAACAGAAAUGAGGAAAAUAGUCGUGGCCAGUAGUUCGGAAAGAUGCACAAAAAAAACUUCUAGUAAACAUAUUGAACUUGAAAUUAUACAAUACAUAAUUUAUUGCUUUGAAAUUUAUAAAAUUUUGGGGCUUAAUUCCAGUCUCUAGUGCAGAAGAGUUCAAGAGUGACAUGAAAAUGAUUUAAAUUGCUUCCCAUCCAGGCAAACUGUUGCUGAUGUAUCCUAGCCCAAAGCAGUCAUUUCCCUUUACCAACUCCCUUUUUCAAUAACAUUAAUUAUUUAACUUGGCGAAGGUUUCCUACUUGUCAGACAACUUAUAAAAACAGGCUAGCUUGAUGGAUAGCUCUACUAGCCCCAGGCUAUUGGACAGCUCCAAGGCUUUUGUUGUGCCCUGCACAUGGGCCAAGGCCAGGAGAUUAAGCCUCCAUCCAUGUCUGUGUAUAAUCUGCCCAUUAUUAAGAAUUACUAA